AUGAGUUACGCCGAUGCUGCUGCCAAAGGGCCAAAACAGUCCCCAGAGGAGGCGUAUGUUUCCAGCAAACCCUUUCCCUCCCUCUCGCAGUCCGAGUCUGAAGCUGCGAGCUUGAUCGACGUCGACUCGCCGCACGUCAGCUCCGUUAAGUCAGAUUUCCAAGAACAAGAGAUCAAGACAAAGACCCAGGCUGAGCGAAUCGAGCAUGAACUGGAGGACAAAGCUCGUGCAGAAGCGCAAAACAUCUCAGAAGGUGUCGAAAGUGCUAAGAAGAAGGCUGCCAGCAAGGGCAAACAAUUCAAAGACGAGAUGAAGAAGGACGGACAGAAAUUGAGCGAAAACAGAGACAAUCCUGUCGUCAUUGGAAAUGCCAUCAUCUGGGGCAUUGCUACUCUUGCUAUUGGCUAUGGAGCCUACCAGAAGCACACUGAGGGCAAAUUGGACUGGCAGCUUGCUGGAUCUGUGGCCGCUGGUGUGGGCGCUUUCGCUGUCGCCGACUAUUUUGGCAGCAAGUGGCUCCUCGAGAACAAGUACCCCCCAAAAUAG